AUUUUUCACGAAACAUGACGUGCCAUGUGGUAGCGAGAGACAAUCCCAAAUCAUGUGUGAAGAAAUGCCUAUAUUUCCUGUUAGAUCUAAUAUUGUUUAUAUGCUAAGCGAUACAUUGAUUAAUACCACGUGUGUUAAAAAAAUUACUAAGUUACUCAAUAAUUGCUUCAAGUAUUUGUUAUUAUAAGAAUUAGGUUAUUCAUUCAUUUUUUGAGUUAUUAAUAAAAAUACACUGACAAUGGAUUGGUUGCAUCAUCAAGAGAUUAAGCGUGGCGCGCUUUAACGCGCUUUCGAUGCGCGCUAAAAAUUGCAUUUCCUUUCUAGGAAUAGAGGGAAACACAACAUCGGGAUUCUAAAAUGUCCAAACCCUUCAUCUCCUCCACCCCCAUGAAGUACGAGAAAUCUGACGCCAGUUUACUUACGACGUACACGGAAGUUCCGACAGACGAUAUUGUCCCAGAGGGAAUUUCACUAUGUAUUGAAAAAGAGAAAGGAGACAUAAAUGGAACAGCGGACAGUAGCUCUAUAUUGUCUUCUGAGGACAGCAGUAACAUGUUGUUUAACAGCUUUGUCAAAAUCCACAGCGGGGCCUCCAACUUCUACAAGUCUAAUCAUUCCCACAUCAAAAUGGGGGUAUAUGUAUCUUUGAGUGUGUUGUACUUGGCCUACUUUGUGGCUGCCAUGGUGAUCACACACCAGUCACAGGUCAAGGACCCUACACCUCUCAUUGCUGUUACCAUGGUGACAGUGACGUGCAUUGUUAUAUGGCUGGUGAGGAAGAAAUUUGGUGGAAAGAUCUCAGAAAAACUGGUUUUCCCCCUCGCCACUGUCCUUGAUCAACGUCAGAUGCUGGUCAAGGUCAUUCAAAUUGUGUUUUGCAUCCUUCUGGUUGUUGCUGCCAUUGCUGUAACAGCUUUUUCAGUUUGGGACCGUCCCCGGAAUCUCAUCUCCAUCUGUGGUUACGUCUUCUUCCUGUUCAUCCUCCUCAUCUGCUCUGCCCACCCAACAAAAGUAAAUUGGCGGCCAGUAUUUGGGGGGUUAGCCCUGCAGUUCUUUUUUGCUGCUUUGAUUCUGAAAUGGAGUGUUGGUCAAGCGGUGUUUGAAUUUUUGGGAAACCAGGUUCAAACCUUUCUAAGUUUUACCAACACAGGGACCAAGUUUGUGUUUGGAGACAAAUACACAGAUCACCCAUUUGCCAUGAUGGUACUGCCUGUUAUCGUAUUCUUCAGCUGUGCUAUCUCCGUGCUGUACUACGUUGGAGCCAUGCAAGUUGUCAUCAAUAAGAUCGCCUGGGUUAUGAGAGUCAGUCUAGGUACAUCUGCACCCGAAUCUCUGUGUGCUGCUGGCAAUAUUUUCAUUGGACAAACGGAAGCCCCUAUCCUGAUUCGUCCUUUCCUGGCCCUGAUGACAAAGUCUGAGCUUCAUGCUGUAAUGGUCGGGGGCUUCGCUACCAUUGCGGGGGGAGUACUAGCUGCUUACAUAUCAUUUGGAGUAUCAGCGGAGCACCUGUUGUGUGCCUCUGUGAUGAAUGCCCCCUGUGCUCUAGCAGUGUCCAAACUCUUGUACCCUGAGACCGAGUCCAGCAAACUCAGCAAGGCCUCGGACCUUGACAAGGAGGAAAAGACAGAGAGGAACAUCUUGGAGGCCGCAGCAGCUGGUGCCUCAUCCUCCAUUAAACUGGUGGCCAACAUCGCGGCUAACCUGAUUGCAUUUCUGGCUAUGCUGGAGUUUGUGAAUGCCGUUCUCUCUUGGUUCGGUGGCUUUGUAGGCUAUCCAGAGUUCUCAUUUCAGAUGAUCUGCUCUUACGUGUUGAUGCCAUUGGCAUACUUGAUGGGCGUAGAAUGGAAAGACUGUGGCAUUGUGGGAGAGCUAAUCGGAAUCAAGACUUUCCUUAACGAAUUCCUUGCAUAUGGAGAAUUAUCAACAUAUCUUACGAACAGAAAACAGUGCAUUGGCCGUAUUUUGGCAGUUCGAUCAGAGAUCAUAGCCACCUACGCAUUGUGUGGGUUUGCCAACCUGAGCUCUAUAGGGAUCCAGCUAGGGGCUCUGAGUCCCAUGGCGCCCAGCAGGAAGGGGGACCUGGCUCAGAUUGUACUGCGAGCUCUGUUAGGAGGAAUAGUAACAAGUCUCAUGACAGCUUGUAUAGCAGGGCUUCUUGUCCAGGAACCUCUGGUACAUCUCGGCUGUCUCAACUCCACUAUUGUCAACUCAACCGUGACUCCCAUGAUGAACUCAACAUCGUCCUUGACCUUUGUGACACGCAUCAUUGAGCAGACAACUUUAUCUGUCUGAUAAUAAUUUAAGGAUAGGCAUCUAUAUUAUUUUCCUAUGAUAUCGAGUCAUAUUUAUUUUUUAAACAAUAUGCAGCCAUAUUUAUUUUUUUUAACAAUAUGCAGUCAUAUUUACUGCAUCCCAAUAUCAGGCAGCACCAUAUCUAUUUUUUACGUUAGAUAAUUGAUGUAUAUUGAAGAGAUCCAAAUGUGUAUGACACAAUGAGAAAAUAAUAACGGAAUUAAUGUUACUUGAAAUAAUAUUUAUUAUAUUUUAGUAUAUCAUUAAUGUAUGUUGGGGAGGUACAAAAUAUUUAUGAAAUCAAGAGACUAUUCUAAAGAGACAUGAUAUGUUCACUGAAAUGAACUGAGAUUCAUAUUUGUAUCUUAUAAUAUAUUUAAUGUAUACAGUCAAAUGUUGUUCAUAUCUUGAACUUGAUGGAAUCAAGAAAAAACUUAGAGAUGCCUAAAAAGUUAAGUUUUUAGUAGAUAAAUACUUUCAAGGAAGUGCUCUGCACAUCCAAAUCACUUAGACAUAUCCUUCAUUUAAAAGAUUAAGAUGUCUGAGGUACCAACUUAAAAACCAUAUAGUUCA